AUGACUUCAGCAUCAUCAUCUAUAGAUCGAAUAAUUUCUCUACGAAAUAAAAUUCGUCAGAAUGUUUCGAAAGUUUAUGCUAAUAAAAUCCAAUGUGAACGUCUUUGUGAACGUAUUGAUCAAUUAAUUGAUCCUCUCGAACGUUUAGAAUAUGCAUCAUCAUCAAUAUUACGCAAUGAAACACGUUCGAUUCUUGAUAAACUCCUUCAAUGUAUCGAUGAUUGUAAUGUAUAUAUAGAAAAAUUAAAAUCAUCAAAUGAAUGGUAUGAAGAAAUUUAUGAAUAUAAAAAAAGUGAAGAAAAAUUUCAAGAAUUAAAUCAACGAUUAUCACAACUCGGACAAGAUUUAGCACUUGGUUUAAAUAUUCAACAAUUAUUCAAUCAAAAACAAGAUCAAGAAGAUCAACGUGAAGAUUUAAAAGAAUUAAAUAAGAAAUUAGAUGAAAUUUCACAAAAAAUGUUAGAAAAACAAUGUGAACAAUAUAAAUUUAUUGAUAAAAUGAUUGAUAAACGUUUUCAAUCAUUUCGCUAUUCACUCGAACAAAAUUUAUUAAUGCAACAGAAUUCUUAUCAAUCACAAUAUCUUCAUAGAGAACAUCAACAAUUUUUACAUAUACCCUAUAAAGAUUUAUAUAUUGAAGAUAAAUCUCUUGGUCAUGGGGGAUUUGCUGAUGUUUAUAAAGCAAUAUGGUUAACACAUCAUGAUCAAGUUGCAGUUAAAAUUAUACGUAUUAAUCAUUUAUCAAAUGUUCGAGAUGAUUUUCUUCGAGAAAUUUCAACAAUGUAUCGUAUACGUUAUGAAAAUGUUUUAACUGUUCUUGGUGCAUGUAUUGAACCGAACUUUUAUGCAAUUAUUGUUGAAUAUAUGCCAUUGGGGUCUCUAUAUGAUAUUCUACAUAAAAAACAUGAAGAAGAAAUAUCAUUUGAUUGGUCUGAUCGAUAUUCUCUUGCAUGGCAAAUGUCAAAAUCAAUAAAUUAUUUACAUAGUUUAAGCCCAACGAUACUUCAUCGUGAUAUAAAAUCAAUGAAUUUUCUGUUGAAAUAUAAUGGAUCACCUAAUCAAAAAUAUCUUGUUAAAGUUUGUGAUUUUGGGCUAGCGGAAAUUCGACGUGAAACAUUUUUACAAUCAUCAUUAUUUCCGACUUCACAAACUGUAGGUUCGUUUUAUUGGAAAGCACCUGAAUUAUUACUUCCACAUAGUCGACAUACGAAACAAAGUGAUAUUUAUAGUCUCGGAAUUGUUUUUUGGGAAUUAGGAACAGAAAGAAUUCCAUGGGAUGAAUAUGAUGAUGAAAGUAUUAUAUUAAUUCAAGUUAAAUUAGGUAAACGACCAAGUAUACCAUUAAAUAUACCUGAAGAAUAUAAACAAGUGAUACAAGAUGCAUGGAAUCAUGAUCCACAACAACGACCAUCAUGUUUUCAAUUAAUGGAACGUCUUUUUCAAGAAUUGAGUCAGAUGACUAUUUUAAAUAAUCAAGAAGAUAUUGUUGAUUUACAUGCACAACAAAUAACAACAGACGAAAAUAAUUCAUCUCAUUCAACAAUAGAUACUGAUUUUAGUUCAACAAGAACUUCAAUACAAGUAGCUGAAAAACCGAAUGAAGAACAAAAGUUAAUCAAUAGUUUUCGAAAUAUUAUUAUUUCAGUUCUUGAAACAGCAAAUGAAGAUGAUCAAAUUGAAUCAGAAUCAACGUUAAAACCUAGUAUAUCUUCUCCAUCUUUGAUUGAUAAUGAACAACAAAACGAAACUUUUCCUACUCAAUCUGAACCAACAUUAUCAAAAUCAUACGAAGAUUUAACAUCCAGUUCUAACAUAACUAAUAAUUUUGCAAAUCAACCCAUUAUUCCAUUGUAUAGAAUCGAAAAACGACGACCAUUACAUCGUAAAUAUAUUGACAAUUAA